ACGUACCAACAGGACCAGGUGACACAGAACAUGUCACGGCUGCAGGUUGUUGCUCCGGCCGUCAUCCUGAGUCUGUCCCUCGUGGCCGGAGGUGACAUUGUGUGCUCGGCUGAGGGGGAACCACCGGCCAACAUCACAUGGAUCGACCCCGAGCAUAACACGCUGCCCAUUAACACCAACCACACGCCAGUCACACAUGUACCGGACAAGCAUCUAACCGUGGGGGAGAUCCGGGGCCCGAGGCUGAGGGGAACUUACCGCUGUGUAGCUGAGAACACACAGGGCAGAGACGCCCGAGACAUCCUCGCACCUGGACCACAGAGUGAUGGCAGCUUCAUCACUGUGAUGCUGUGGCUGAUGCCAGCAGCUAAAUGUCUCUUUCUGUUGGUGAUCGGGAUCGUUCUCCUCUGUAAAACACAAGAUUCAAGGCGUCUCCAUCCUGAGGCCAAGAAAAGAAGGAGCUCUGUAUAGUUCCCGCUCUCUCACCUGUGCCUGUCUCCAGUGGCCAUGAAAGUGUCUCGUACAAGAUCACAAGAGCUUGAAGUCAGGCAGAGCUUCUGAUGAUCGAGACCUUUUGGCCUAUAAGUUCUCAUCCUUGCAGUAAACGCCAGCCUGCAGUCCUCCCAUUAUAGCAUUGAGCUGCUUCGACGACGUUCACAGUCACCUCCUCUGUCCCCCCGGCUUGGCAUCAGGCUA